AUGGAGCGACCGGGAACACAAGACAAUAUUCAGAAUAAUGAUUUGGAGGUGAGAAUAAAGGAGAUUUUUGAUCUAUUUGACCACGAACGUAACAAAACAAUAGACUUUAGAGAACUCGGGACAGUAAUCAGAGCAUUAGGUGGUGUUCCAACUGAAGCAGAAGUGAUAUCACUUGUUCGUGAGUUAGAAAACGACCCACCGAAUGGUUAUAUUAAUUAUGAAAAAUUUCUCCCAGUGAUGAUGCAAGCAAUGGAACAGAAAAGAUUCGAACCUGCAACUGAACAAGAUUUACUAAAAGCCUUCCUAAUUCUCGAUUCAGAGAAGAAAGGAUUUUUAAGUGCUGAAGCUUUGGAAUCUUAUAUGGUUUCUUCAGGAGAACCAUUUACAAAAGAGGAAAUAGAGGAGAUGCUCGCAGCUGCAACAGAUUUAUCAAAAGGGAAGAUUAUGUAUCGCGAUUUCGUAAUACAAUUAUCAACAUUUGAUGAUAAAGACACCUAG